GAUCAGAGACUAUAUCCGGAGCAAAGAGCUAUGCAUAGUCCUCUGUUUAUUCGAGGGCUGGUUAUGAUUAUCCUUCGAGUACCACCGGAGUGGACCCGAGUAGUAAUCAUGCCCGAGAAGACAUCCGAGUAUUCAUGCUGGAAUGUGGAAUUCACCAUCUUGGAUUCACGAGCUUACGAGCGAGAGCCUCUUUGCGUUUGUGGACUCGGGAAGGGGCCAUUCUCUGAAUACGAAUCGAAGGAGAAUCGCUCUAUCCAAGGGCUGUCGAAGUCACCGAUUCUGGAACGGUUUUACCGAAAUGGCGGACGAGGAGUUUCACCUUCUGAAACGGUCGGACGCAAUCGGGUGCUGGAAGCAUAGAAAGUGCGUGUCUCGGACACUGUCGAGAUUACAUGAACUCGAGAUCAAUUUAGGCCCCAAUUGGACAUUGUAUCAUCCUAUCGAAGUUGUGUUUGUGAGGAGGGGCUUCACGUUAAGCAUGUGCAUGUAACAACCGUAUCCAUGCCCACGAACCAGUGUUUCGUGAGAAUGCAGAUUAUAUUCAGAAAAUGUAAAAGAAGCAGCAGAUCAUUAAUUUUUUAUUUUCUAUUACCGACUGACUGAAACUACAUCCAAGGGAAUCGAGGAAUUGUAAUGAUCCAA